AUCCCCACUGGCACCCGUACCUCUAGAAAGGUAGCAAGAUGGCUGCGGAGCCGAACAAGACAGAAAUUCUGACCAUUUUUAAAAGACUACGGUCUAUUCCAACUAACAAGGCGUGCUUUGACUGUGCUGCCAAGAACCCCAGCUGGGCCAGUAUACCAUAUGGAGUGUUUCUGUGCAUCGACUGCUCUGGCAUUCAUCGCUCUUUAGGAGUGCACCUCAGCUUUAUCAGAUCCACUGAGCUCGACUCCAACUGGAACUGGUUUCAGCUGAGAUGUAUGCAGGUCGGAGGCAACGCCAACGCGACGGCCUUCUUCCGUCAGCAUGGCUGCUCCACCAACGACACUACCGCCAAGUACAACAGCCGCGCGGCACAGAUGUACCGAGAGAAGAUCCGACAGCAAGCCAACACGGCGCUGUCCAAAUAUGGGUCUGACCUGUGGAUCGACCAAUCCAGUGUGAGCAGCCAGCCUGCCGCCCCAGAGAAGAGACAGACAGACUUCUUUACUGAGCAUACUCAGCCUUCAAACAGCUGGGAUGUGACGGCUCCUUCCCUGAUAGAACACAAUGGAACCCUCACUCCUCAACUAUUGGAGGACACACCCAAAGCCCCCCACACCGCCAGCACUCUGCUGGAGGAAGGACCAAGCAUUGAGGGACUGAGCACUGAGCAAUCUCCCAAAGUCACUAUGGAGGACUCCAUGCGUUUGUCGUCAGAUCAACCACAGCUACCCAAAGAUGUGAAGCAAUCCAUCAUUGGGAAAAAGAAGCCCAGCACUACUAAGAAAGGGCUGGGUGCUAAGAAGGGCCUGGGGGCCCAGAAGGUGAGCAGUAAGAGCUUCUCGGAGGUGGAGAAACAGGCCCAGGUAGCCGAGAAGCAGAGAGAGGAGCAAGCAGCUGAUGCUAAGAAACAGGCAGAGGAGUCCAUUGUGGCCUCCAUGCGCCUGGCCUACAAGGAGCUGGAGAUUGACAGGAAGAUGGACAACAAGAAGAUGCAGAACAUGGAGGGUAAGAAGAGAGAGCAGGCUGAGAGACUGGGCAUGGGCUUCGGCAACCGCAGCACCAUAUCUCACUCAGUGAUGUCAGAGAUGCAGGUGAUUGAGCAGGAGACGCCCUUGGGGGCCAAGUCCUCGCCUCGCUCCAAACUGGACAUGUUGGAUGAACCGGGCUUCUCCUCCGGACCCCCUAAGUACAAGGACAACCCGUUUACGGCGGGCGACGGCUUCGGCUCGCGGUGGGACUCUGAUGGGGGAGUGGCCUCCUUCACCUCCUCCUGGGCCCUGGAGAAUGAGGAGCCUAAAGAGGAGGUGACAAUCUCCAGCAUCCAGCCUAUCGGAGAACGGCCCAGUCGGCGUAAGGCGGAGGCGGCGGCGCCUGUGUCCGAGUCGAGCGAGGCCCGGCAGAAGUUUUCCAACGCCAAGGCCAUCUCUUCCGACAUGUUCUUUGGCCGCGAGAGCUAUGCCGAGUAUGAGGCCAAGACACGUCUGGAGGGCCUGUCUGGCAACACGUCCAUCAGCUCUGCUGACCUGUUUGGGGACGGGAGUGACCGUGACACAGGAGCAGCAGGUUAUGAGAGUGUGCUGCCGACGGGGCCAGACAUUGCUCAGUUCAAACAGGGGGUGAAGACUGUGGCGGGCAAGAUGGCCGUGCUGGCCAACGGCGUCAUGAACACCAUACAGGAUCGCUAUGGCGCCUACUGAAGAGACCAGGACGACCAACACCCAGCUGCAGGGGGAGAGGGAGCCAUGACGUCAUACUGACAGAGAGUGGAGGGGGGGGACAGAGCACAUCACUACUGACUGGUAUCUGUAGUGAGAGAAGGGAAGAGAGAUUGCAUGAAUGGAGGGAGACCCUACACCGUGUCUGUCCAUCCACCUUUUAGAGUGAGACAGAGUUUUAUUUUCAGUGAAGAAAGCUCUGGGAGGUGUAAAGUGUUUGUUUUUUCUGUUCUAACUAGUCUUGUUUUCUAUACUGUUUUGGUCUCUGCUUUCAAACAAAUAUGAAUGAUAUAAAGUAUUCUCUAAGAAUGAUAUGAUAACCAAUCCUCUCUCUGUUUGAACUAUGCUUUUUGACAUUGUUUUUACCGUGUGUUUUCAACCGUCUCUCGCUGUUUUAACAGACGGAGCCGUUUAACCAUUCAGCAUUAACAUCAUCAAAGGGAAGCAGUUGUCCAGUACGGUUGAUUUAUCUGUUUUCAUUGUAGUUACCGUGACAACGGAUGACAUUCUCUGGUCUGAAUGGAGUCGAGUUAAUCACACAAAGUUCCAUUGUAAGAAUGUUUUAACUGAACUCCACACAGCACAGCAUGAAUCAAAACACAACACCUCCACUCUCUGACUGAGUGACGCAAUCUACCAAGGUCAGGAGAUGGACGGGGAACGGAGGGGGGGUUAUAUUUUAGAAACGUAAUGACCUAGCCCAUCUUGCAGUGCAAUAUGAGUUCUUCACCAGGGUCUGAAAGGUUUUCAGUCGGGUCAGAAGAAAGGUUGGCUUUCAGCCUUUUUCAAUAGAAAGAGUUCGGUGUGUGUGUUUCUUAGGAAUGAUCGGGUGCUUUGACUGAAUGGUCGAUGCUGGUAAGAAUGUGGAUGGUUGUCUCCUUCAGUCCAUGCUUGUCCAGUCACUGGGUUUACAGAAUCACACCACACAAACUUUGGGAAGCCAUAGUAACCUCUAAUGUUGAGAAACACACUUGUAUAGAAUACAUGAAGACCUGGAUCUGAGUUCACAUGGUCUUUUGUUUCUACCCUAAGAUAAGUUACUUAGACAUGGGAGGGAAUGCAACUCAGCUGUGUUUCUGCCUAAUGCUCUUUUCUAUUGAGUUUCUGUUCCAAAUGAGAGUUUGAUCCCUCAUUCUGUUCUAAAUGGGAGUUUGAUCCCUCAUUCUGUUCUAAAUGGGAGUUUGAUCCCUCAUUCUGUUCUAAAUGGGAGUUUGAUCCCUCAUUCUGUUCUAAAUGGGAGUUUGAUCCCUCAUUCUGUACUAAAUGGGAGUUUGAUCCCUCAUUCUGUACUAAAUGGGAGUUUGAUCCCUCAUUCUGUUCUAAAUGGGAGUUUGAUCCCUCAUUCUGUUCUAAAUGGGAGUUUGAUCCCUCAUUCUGUUCUAAAUGGGAGUUUGAUCCCUCAUUCUGUUCUAAAUGGGAGUUUGAUCCCUCAUUCUGUACUAAAUGGGAGUUUGAUCCCUCAUUCUGUUCUAAAUGGGAGUUUGAUCCCUCAUUCUGUUCUUAAAUGGGAGUUUGAUCCCUCAUUCUGUUCUAAAUGGGAGUUUGAACCCUCAUUCUGUUCUAAAUGGGAGUUUGAACCCUCAUUCUGUUCUAAAGGGGAGUUUGAACCCUCAUUCUGUUCUAAAUGGGAGUUUGAUCCCUCAUUCUGUUCUAAAUGGGAGUUUGAUCCCUCAUUCUGUUCUAAAUGGGAGUUUGAUCCCUCAUUCUGUACCGUCUUGUUGAAUGGCAGGAGCAAUGACUAAUGGAAGACGUGCUCAUCAGAUUGUUGUAAAACCUGUGACUGGACAGAGCCUGGCUGUCACUCGGUCCCUCGUCGUUUGAUGUUUAUUUCUGGUGACCUGCCUAUGAAAAUGAGAGACCGGGUAAGAGGAGCCUACCACUGUUGGUCAAAUGGAACCCAGGGGGUAAAUUCACUGAGGUGUAACGUCAAGAACAGGGCCACCUCAGUACGAUUUGAGACGGUCCGGUCACAAAUGUCUUAUGUGGCAAAGAAAAUAUAUGAAUGGAUGUCACAGGUAGAAAUGCUAUAUAAUACAUAUAGAGGUGACGUGAUUACCUCUUGUUCCUGACUCGUGUGUGUGUGUGUGUUCUACACAAUACAUUUCUAUCUGAUAUCUCAUCACGAACAGACAGGGUGUCUGGUAUCACAGAGCCUGGAAGGUGGAAUUGCAUUAUAACAACGGUUGGUGUUCCCGGUUGUCUCUUUUGCAGUUGCGCUGUGUAUCUCAGAAUAUUGAUAUAUAGAUUGACAAUUGUUCUGCAACUACAAAAAAAGAUGACCUUGAAUGUCACUAUUGGCAGUAGUAGCGGGGGUUGAUCUAGCACCUUCCAUAGCUCUAGAUAUGCACUUGGUUCAAAGUCAUUUAACACAAUUGUCUGUUUUGUAUGGAGGUCCCUUUCCAUUUCAUGGUUUCUGUCUAUUUUAUUGGUGCUUGCUGAGAUGAUCAUUACAGAGUUGAGGCUCUCAUUCCCGGGCUGCAUCGCAGCAGUAAUGGACUGGAGAAGGUUACUCCCUCGUGGACAGUCCCCUUAGUUUGAUAUACACCACAGGAGGUUGGUGGCACCUUAAUCGGGGAGGACAGGCUUGUGGUAAUGACUGGAGCGGCAUGAAACACAUGGUUUCCAUGGUUUCCAGGUGGUUGAUACCAUUCCAUUCGCUCCGACCAUUAUGAGCCGUCCUCCUCUCAGCAGCCUCCACUGAUGGACAAAGGAUUCUCAAAAGGCAGCUCCUGUUUCUCUAACAGCCGUGUGUUAGUUGGGGUCAGUGUUUUUACGGUAAGCCCCAAACUUGAUCCUGGGGCCCCGUUUUGGUUUUUGCCCUAACGCUACACAGCUGAUUAAAAAAUAUUCCAAGCUUGACGAGUGUUUUUAUUAUCAGCUGUGUAGUGCAAGGGCAGGACUGAGUUUGGGUUUGAGUGUGUUCACCCAUGACUGUCACCAUGGGGAUGGGUUUGAGUGUGUUCACCCAUGACUGUCACCAUGGGGAUGGGUUUGAGUGUGUUCACCCAUGACUGUCACCAUGGGGAUGGGUUUGAGUGUGUUCACCCAUGACUGUCACCAUGGGGAUGGGUUUGAGUGUGUUCACCCAUGACUGUCACCAUGGGGAUGGGUUUGAGUGUGUUCACCCAUGAUUGUCACCAUGGGGAUGGGUUUGAGUGUGUUCACCCAUGGCUGUCACCAUGGGGAUGGGUUUGAGUGUGUUCACCCAUGACUGUCACCAUGGGGAUGGGUUUGAGUGUGUUCACCCAUGACUGUCACCAUGGGGAUGGGUUUGAGUGUGUUCACCCAUGACUGUCACCAUGGGGAUGGGUUUGAGUGUGUUCACCCAUGGCUGUCACCAUGGGGAUGGGUUUGAGUGUGUUCACCCAUGACUGUCACCAUGGGGAUGGGUUUGAGUGUGUUCACCCAUGGCUGUCACCAUGGGGAUGGGCUUGAGUGUGUUCACCCAUGACUGUCACCAUGGGGAUGGGUUUGAGUGUGUUCACCCAUGGCUGUCACCAUGGGGAUGGGUUUGAGUGUGUGGCCUGGUCUGUCCCCCUGGAUGUCCCACUAGUGAUGAAGAAUGGCUAUCCCAAUGACCCAUCAAAACAAGUUAUUUAUUGUAGGCUACAAAAAGAGUUAGAUUUGUGUCAAUAAAGAUUGAAAUCCA